AUGCCAGUUUCCCGAGAAAAUUCAAUUUGGGCAGUUCGGAAUCGGGCUCGCAGCUCUUGCGGCCACGCAAUCGCAGUCUUCUCCGACACCAGAGUGUGCAUUGGCGGUUAUGUCCUCGUGCUCUUCAUCUUCUACACGCAACAACCUCCUGAUCUCCCCUCCGAUUCCGAUGCGCUUCGUCGCACGUUGCCGUUCUCCUCCGGCGUCUUCCACUCUCCGGAGGAGGCUUUCCGCUUGGACUACCAGAAGAUGGAGGAGGAGUUCAAGGUCUUCGUCUAUCCCGACGGAGAUCCCGAAACCUAUUUCCACACGCCGAGGAAACUCACCGGAAAAUACGCCAGCGAAGGCUACUUCUUCAAGAACAUCAGAGAGAGCCGAUUCUUCACCGAUGAUCCGCGUCGAGCUCACCUUUUCUUCCUUCCUAUUUCUUGCCACAAAAUGCGAGGCAGAGGGUUGACUAACGAGCGUAUGAUUGAUGAAGUAGAGAAGUAUGUGGAGCACCUAAAGUUUGAGUACCCUUAUUGGAACAGAACAUUGGGUGCUGAUCACUUUUUUGUGACUUGUCACGAUAUCGGUGUCAAAGCUACUAAAGGAGUUCCACAUAUGAUGAAAAAUUCGAUUCGAGUGAUUUGUUCAUCAAGGUAUGACGACGACGGCUAUAUUCCACAUAAGGAUGUUACCCUCCCACAAGUUCAACUGCCAUUUUUUCACCCUCCAGGAGGAAAUGACAUUAAGAAUAGGAACACUCUUGCUUUCUGGGCUGGUCGUUCUGAUUCUAGAUUGAAAGAAGAUCUAAUAGCUAUUUGGGACAAUGAUACUGAAAUUGACAUACAGAACAGCAGAGUUGACCUUCGAGCGACUGGGCCAGUGGUAUACAUGGAGAAACUUUAUAAAUCCAAGUUUUGUUUGUGCCCUCAUGGGCCUAUCGGCAGCAGUCGUAUCGCAGACUCAAUCCACUUUGGGUGUGUGCCAGUUAUCAUGUCAAAAUAUUAUGACUUGCCUUUUAAUGAUAUUCUGGAUUGGACUCAAUUUUCUAUUGUACUGAAGGAAACCGACGUUUAUCAGCUCAAAUAUACUCUCAGAAGCAUAUCUGAGAAACAUUUCAUCACAUUGAAUCAUAACAUAGUGAAGAUUCAAAAGCAUUUCAAGUGGAAUACACCUCCAGUCAGACAAGAUGCGUUUCAUAUGGUCAUGUAUGAACUCUGGCGGCGCCGCCAUCUGAUUAGGUAUUGAUUUUUUCAAUGAACUCACGCAGUGUUAUCGAAAUCAAGGAAUUGUUUCUGUACAUAAUUGUUGAUUCACCACCAAUCCUGACCCCACGUUGGAGAAUCCCCUAAACAAUUGUAACCUGAAUUCAAACU